AUGUCGACAUCUACCACCAACAUCAACUAUGCAGACAAAGACGGCCAGUUUCGUCGCAAGCCGUCCGCAUUUCGCAACUUCAUCUCCUCAGAUCCAAGCUCUGAGUUUCCAGCAGAGAAAGGGCGCUAUGCACUCUACAUUCACAUGGGCUGUCCGUGGGCACAUCGAACCAACAUUGUGCGUAGCCUGAAAGGCCUCGAGGACAUUGUCCAACUGGUCGUCUGGGACGUUUCACUUGUGCUCGACAGGAAAGGAUGGGGCAUGUCUGGAAAGCCGGGUUUCGAGAAGGAGCCGCUCUACGGGUUUACGAACUUGAGGCAGUUGUAUGAGAAGGCCAGUCCAGAGUACGAAGGACGGUGUCUCGUCCCAACACUCUGGGAUAAGCAAAAGGAGACUAUCGUGAGCAACGAGUCCAGUGAAAUCAUCCGCAUGUUCUACACCGAAUUCGAUGCGCUUAUCCCUGAAAGUCUGAGGGAGUCGAGCAAAGGCGAUAAAGCCAUCUUUCCCGCUCAUCUUCACAAGAACAUAGAAGAGAUGAAUGAAUGGGUCUAUGACACAGUCAACAAUGGUGUCUACAAGACCGGCUUUGCUCAAACGCAGGAAGCCUACGAAGAGAACGUCUACCCCGUCUUCGAAUCUCUCGACCGACUAGAAGAGCACUUUGGUACGACAAGUGGACCGUUCUUUUUCGGCGAUCAUAUCACCGAAGCCGAUAUCAGACUAUAUCCUACGCUUAUCAGAUUCGACGUCUCAUACUUCACCAUCUUCAAGUGCAAUCUCAAGAUGAUCCGAUACGAGUAUCCGAGGCUACACGACUGGCUGCGUAAGCUCUAUUGGGAUGACAGCGAGCUGACCAAUUUUGGUGCGUUCAGGAAGACGGUGGACUUCCAGACGUACAAAACUGGAUACACGAAUGCGACAAAAGCAAAGAUUGUGCCAGUAGGACCAAAGCCAGACAUUAUGCCGUUGUAGUCGUAGAUGGAGUGACUUCGGCCGAACGUGCUAUCAAGGACAGAGAACGAUACCGAGGUAUCUGAGCAGAAGAUUGAUGUUUGAUAUGUUAUUUAUCGUUUUUUUGAACGAUGUCUACUCUGCGGGUGCGAUUGUAGUGGUGACGUGGUGGAUGCAUGAGCGCGGCAAAAAUGGGGUAAGACACAGGACGGCUCACUAAGCCCAUCACUGAAGCUCGCUUCCUAAGCGCCUACUGAAAGCGGUAAGAGGUUGUAACGCUCUAGUUAUCAGGUUAUGACUGAUCAACUGAAGAACUAUUGCCAAUCAAGUAAUCUCUUACCCAG